AUGUCGAAAAGCAGAGUAACUCCUUUGAAGAAAUUGACGUUGCCACGAUUGGAACUAAUGGUAGCAGUCAUAAGAGCUAGAAUAGGAAAGUGUCUGGGAGAGGUUUUUAAGAAUCUUAUUGAUAAAUUUGUGUAUUGGACUGAUUUCUUAAUUGUCUUGUUUUGGAUAAAGGGUUCUGCGAAACAAUGGAAACAGUUUGUCGGUAAUAGAGUGGUUGAAGUGCAGGAAAAAUCAGAUCCCAGGUCUUGGAAUCAUUGCAGUGAAAGGGAAAAUCCUGCUGAUUUAGUUAGUAGGGGUGUGCCAGCUCAAUCAUCCGCUGAAGAUAUCCCACUGGAAGUAGUAGAAACUGAGAAAAAGGGAUGCGUUGUGCAUACUUCUGUGAUUAAGAAUUUUGUGAUCGAUGAACUGCUUCAUAAAUAUUCUUCUUGGACAAAACUUUUACGAGUUAUAGCUUGGUGUCUCAGAUUUAUUGCCAAUGUGAAACGAUCAUCAAUAACAAGGACAAAAUCAAAUUUUCUACCUAGUGGAGAGCUAGCCGUAGCAUAUUCUUGGGUAAUCAAGUCUGUGCAAAUGCAAGAAUUUAGUGAAGAAAUCGAUCAUUUGAAAAAGAGAAAACUGGUGAGUCCUCGCAGUAAACUGAAUAUGUUGAAUCCAUUCUUAGACGACGAGGGUAUUCUAAGAGUGGGAGGACGACUAAGAAAUGCUAGCAUUGCACAGAAUGUAAAAUAUCCAGUCAUUCUGCCUAAAUCACAUUAUAUUACAGAACUGAUAAUACGAUAUUAUCACUACAAAUAUCUUCACGGAGUAGCACAAAUGCUCCAUUCAGAAAUCAAGCAGAGAUACUGGAUUAUUAAUGCACAAGCAGUCAUUCGCAAGAUCAUUCGUAAAUGUGUAACAUGCUGUCGACACAGAAGUGAGCUGUCAUAUCAAGCAAUGGGCGAUCUUCCAGCAUCCAGAGUGAAUCCCGCAAGAGCUUUUUCGAAAUGUGGUGUGGAUGUUUUCGAGUCCUUUCCAAGUUAA